CUGAUUGGCUAGGAUCAGGUGUGGGUGGGACAAAGAGAAGCCGGCUUUACAGCGGGCGUGGGCGAGACCCUGAAACCGGUAGGAGCUUGACAACCGUCUGGAGUUUAAGAGUUCCAGUCAUUGCAGAUUCUUCAGUCACUAUGUCAACCGGCACAGAUGUUUCUCUUUCUUCAUAUGAUGAAGAUCAGGGAUCUAAACUUAUCCGAAAAGCUAGGGAGGCACCGUUUGUUCCCAUCGGAAUGGCAGGGUUUGCAGCAAUCGUUGCGUAUGGACUAUAUAAAUUGAAGAGCAGGGGAAAUACUAAAAUGUCUGUUCAUCUGAUCCACAUGCGCGUGGCAGCCCAAGGCUUUGUUGUGGGAGCAAUGACUCUUGGUAUGGGCUAUUCCAUGUAUAAGGAAUUCUGGGCAAAACCUAAACCUUAGAAGACGAGCAGCUGUCUUGGUUUUGUUGGUGGUGCUUGCUCCAGACAUCUCAUGUUGAAUUUAUAUGUUUAUGUUGAAAAUAAAUGGUUUGAAUGGGUCAGACAAUAACAUGGUAAUUUGAAUAUUGUUUUCCUUUCUUGCAGGCUCAAUUUGCCUGGUAACCAAAUUACUAAUGACUAGUUAGCUAGGUCAUUCCGGAGAGUCAAAUUAGCACAAAAGAAACAUGUCACUUUUAAAUGUACUUGUUAGUGGUAAAACAUGCAUCUUCUUAAAGCCUUCUGAUGAAAUGAGUUGUAAAGAGAACAACUUGGCAAUCCUGAAGUCCUCCCAGUUGCUGCAGAUUAUCACAUGCUUUUGAUGUUAUGUAGGAAUCCUGUUUAGCUUUUUUCUGCCUGUUUUGCAGACUGGUUGAGUACUUCAGUUUUUAGGGCUGGUUGGCUCUUAGACCCCUUUCAGAGCAGUGCAUGGAAUAUGCUUCCCCACAACUGAACAUGUGUGUGUGUGUGUGUUUAAACCAAACCUAAAAAGCUGAUAACAGCUGCUUAGAAGUAGUAUUUAUUUCAGCAUCAUAUGUAAACAUGAGAAUUACUUAAGUAUGGGUCCCAGUUUAGCUUUUUUUAUAAUUGCAGAAUUAUAUUUAUGCUGUUGUAUUAGAAUAAUUUUUAAAUGUCAUCUUGAAAUAGAAAUGUGUCUUUUAAGUACUAAUUCUAAGGUAAAUGAAAAAUACUUUUUAAAUGUAUGAAAUUUGUUUAUUUUUCUUUGUAAGAAUCAUAAAUGUAACAAAUUACCUAUAAUCGAAGUGAUUAGUGAUUGAUUUAUCAGCAAGGUGGUUUGGUCAGACAUUAUACACAAACUUUGGUAUACUUUAGAAUGCUUUACUGCACUUGUGGAAUUUUCUUGUCUAACCUGAAUUUACAUUCCAUGGUGAUAACAUGGUAAAUGUAGUGUUAUUAAAGUAAGUGAACACAUCA